AUGCUGUCCGCGAGCAAGGUCCCAAGGGCUUGUCCCAGCUGCAGAGCCCGGCUGUUGAGUCUCUUCGAAAAUGGCUUCACCAACCCGGCGGCGCGACCCCAGCGCACUCUGGUGCCAGGCUUUAGGCACAAACAAAGUCUGGCCCGAGGCACCCCCCGACCCUUCUCCACGGCGUUGCGACGACAGCAGGACGCUGCCGCCGAGCCGUCGCCCGAGUCUGCAAGCCCGAAGCCUCAAGACAUCGAGCUGAUCGUGCGGCAAGCCAAGCACCAGUUCGGCAACACCCUGCCCAAAGGCUACCUUACCGAAGAGGAGCUCCAGCUCUACACGAGGUACUACGGUGCCCCCCUGCGAGAAACGAGACCCGAGGAUGUUGGCAUGCCCAUCGACAAGGCACUGCUUCAAGAGACACACAAAUAUGUGCUGCUGAAGAACAAGAACAUGCUCCUCCAGGAGAACGAGACUGGCGAGCUCGAGGAGGUUCAGUACUACGUUCCGCAGCUCCCCGAGACGGCCAACGCCGCAGAGACGGACGCCGAGCCCGCUGCCACGGAAUUGGUUGCCGACGACUCGGAGCUCCCAUCCGAUGCGGGCAUCGACUACAUCAAGGCGAUUGCCAAGAACCAGCGAGAGUUCAACGCUCUCAUGACACUGCAGAGGGACUUUGAAAAGGCGAGCCUGCGACCCGCGGAAGAAGAACAGGAGGACCUGGACGAGGAGGAGGAGCCUGCCGAGGAGCAAGACGAAGUCGACGAAGACGAGGAACAAGAGGACGAAGGAGAGCCAGAUGCCAUACUCGCUGGAGAGGUGGCAGAGAGGGACCGCGUUCAUCAACUCAGCCAGCUGGGUCAGUGGAGAACCAACCCAUCCACCCUCCACCUGCCCAAGGCCGAGUUCGUCGCCCCCAUCCACGCCCUGCUCGGCCGAACCGAUAUCAAACAUGUCAAGGAGGCUGCUGAGAACGCAUUUGGUGGACGAGGGUUGCCUCACUCUGUGGCAACGCCGCACUCUGGGAGGAGCUCGGGCCAGAAACCCAUUCCCAUGGAGGCUGGCCAUUCCAAGAUGAGCGAGAUCGAGGCUGAUGCCUAUAUCGCAACCAACCUUCCCGGCAUGUACGCUUCGACCAUGGGCGUGCUCGUCGAGGUUCGAAAGCGGAUGGGGCCCGAAUGGAUCCAGGGUCUGCUGAGCAGGAACAAAGGCGAAGGGCCCCGGAUGCUGGACGUCGGCGCAGGUGGUGCCGCUUGCGCUGCCUGGGAGCGUGUUCUUCAGACCGAGUGGGACCUGCUUCACGGCCCCGAGAGCAGCAAGGCUCUCAUGGGACCCCCGGGGAAAAAGACGGUCGUCGUGGGAUCCGAUCAUCUCCGACACCGCAUCUCGCGGUUCCUCAAUAACACCACCUUCUUACCCAGAUUGCCAGACUACCUACACUCGGGCGACCAUCCCCAGAAGAUGGCAGACUCUCAAUUACCCACACCCCGUAAGGUCUUUGAUGUGAUCAUCGCCUCGCACCAAAUGAUGCCCCUGAAAGAGGGUUACAAGCGCAAAACUUUUAUCGACAAUCUUUGGGAGAUGCUCUCUCCCGACGGCGGCAUCCUCAUCCUGCUCGAAAAGGGCCAUCCGCGUGGUUUCGAGGCUGUCGCCGACGUUCGACAGCGUCUUCUUGACGAAUUCAUCGAGUGCCCUACGUCGGACCCUCAACCGGAGAUCCUUGAACCUGAAAACCGGCGCAUUCGAGAACCAGGCAUGAUUAUCGCGCCCUGCACCAAUCACAAAAAGUGUCCCAUGUAUUUGACGCCCGGGCUCGCACAUGGCCGCAAGGACUUCUGCCGCUUCAGCCAACGAUUCAUUCGGCCGCCGUUUCUGCAGAGGGUUCUGGAAGCAGCUCAUCGCAACCACGAAGACGUCGACUUCUCGUUUGUGGCAAUCCAGCGCGGGGUCACAUCCACCUCGCCGACACCCUUGCCCACCGAAAAGGGCCGUGACGCCAGUGACGCGGCCUUUGAGGGCUAUGAGCACUCUGCAGAGCCUCCAAACCUCCUAUCUCUUCCGAGGACCGUCCUGCCACCCCUCAAGCGCACGGGUCACGUAACCUUGGAUAUGUGCACGCCAGCCGGCACCAUCGAGCGUUGGACCGUCCCCAAGAGCUUCAGUCGUCAGGCGUACCACGAUGCUCGAAAGGCACAAUGGGGCGACCUGUGGGCUCUUGGUGCAAAGACUCGCGUCGUGCGUCCCGUGCGGCUGGGCAAGGGUGGCGUGGCUCCAAACGAUGGCGGUGUCAGAGCACGGAGAGCCGCCGAGGCGGCCAAGUUCAAGGGCUCCAAAGUAGUCAGCCUGGAUGCCGAUGCCGGCGGUAUCUACAAGGCUAACGAGAAGGGAGGCGUUUCGGGUGGUAACCUGCUGAGUGGACGUGGUAGGGUGCCCACCGAGAGAAGGACGAAGGGCGGCAAGAAGGUUCGCCAAAGAAGAGUUCGAGAUUUGAUGGACGACAUGUAA